AGGUCUUUUUAGAGAAAUUUUUAUUGAAGAAAUAAGUUUGGUAUAAAUGGAAGAUAAACGAAGAGUAGAUGGUUUAGGAGAAAAUGAGGUUGAAUCACGUCUAAGAAAACGGACCAGAAUGAAUGUAUAUAAUAUAGAAGAAAUACUUGAGGAAGGACAACGUCUUUUUAAAGCGGUUCAGGAGGCAAAAGAUUCAUCAGGUCGACUUAUAUCAGAGAAUUUUAUGAGAUUACCUAGCAAGAGAUUAUAUCCUGAUUAUUAUGAGCUAAUUGAAAAACCUAUUGCUUUAGAAACGAUUAGAGAAAAACUUAGAAAAAAAGAUUAUGCAUCUACUGAUGAAAUACGGGAUGAUUUUAUGCAAAUAUGUAGUAAUGCGAGACGAUACAAUGUAACAGAGAGUCAAAUUUAUCAGGAUGCUCAGCAAAUUGGGAAAAUUAUUAAAACAUGGGCAGAAGAAGUUAAUAUUUCGAAUAAAGUAGAAGAAGCAAAAAGAUUUAAAAUAGUUCAUAAAAAUUCUCAAAAAAAUGUUUCAGAAUUAUCACAAGAGAUAUUAUCUGAAUUAAAGGCUAUGAAAGAUUCAUCAGGAAGAACAUAUUCAGAUAUUUUUCUUGAAAUUCCUAGCAAAAAAGAAUAUCCUGAAUAUUAUCAAAUUAUACAAAAACCAAUGUCUUUCAAUAUUAUAGAAAAAAAAAUAAAAAAAAACCAGUAUGCAAGAUUACUUGAUUUUGAAAAUGAUAUAAGACUUAUUUUUGCGAAUGCAAUGGUUUUUAAUGAAGAUGGGAGUCAAAUUUCAAAUGAUGCAAAAAUAUUACUUAAAUUCUUUCAAAGAAAGAUCGCUAAGAAGAAAGAAUCCUUAGAUCAAUUUGAAGAACCUGAAUCUUCUCCAAUAAAAGUAAAGUUGAAUGUUUCUCAAUCAUCAACGCCUAAAAUACGUCUUUCAAUUGGCCCUAAGCCUUCAGUAACUACUGAUACUUCGGAAACACCUAAAUCUAUCAUUCGAUUACCAAUGUCUCCACAAGCAAAAAAUUCUAAUUUCAAAACUGAAGAAACAGAUUCUAAUACUGCAAAAAGCAAAACUUUAACACCUGCAUCAAUUCCAGCAUCAACAACAAUGUCAACACGUUCUAUUCCUUUGGCUCCAAUUCCAAAAUUAGUUGCUGCACCGUUUUCUUCAACUUCUCAAACUCCAAUUCAUCUUUCAAAAUAUUCUCCUCAUGAUAUUGUAGCUGUAUCUCAAUCUCCUUUACGUCCUAAACAAACUUCUGAAUCAUCUUGGAAAUGGUCUGAAACAAAAGAUGGCGCACAACCUUUAAUUUCACUUAUUACACUUCAUACUCCAUCUUUUCUCGAUAUUCCUUCACCUUAUCAGAUUCAUCUUCCAUCUUCACCUUAUGGUUCUAAAAUCUCAACUAUCAUUCUACCUGCUACACAUCAUACACUUUUGGUUACUCCUACUUUGUCUUCUUCACUUUUAUCAAAACCUUAUCAUUUUACCGUGGCAAUCAAUAGCUUAAAAAUCGCUCCUAAUAUUUCACCAAAUGUCUUCUUAUCUCGUCGAUCUGAUACUCAUUUUCCAAAAAAUACUUAUGAAGUUAAACUUAGUAAAGGCGUUAACGCAAUCGAAUGUGUUUUAACUGUACCUUCUAAAUCUUCUUCAAAAAAUACUCCACCAAUUGAAUCUUCUGACAAAGAAAGGCUCGUUAUAUUUGUCUUUUUAUAUUGAUUAAUCUUCACUUAUUCUUUAUCUAUUAUCUUAGAUUGGGGUGUCC